AUGCCGCCCUCCAAGCAAAUCUUCUACCUCUGCCUCUACAAUCCAGUCUCCUUCUGCGGCUCCAUCGCCGUCAUGGCCAUAACCUACACCUUCAUCAGCAUCGACUUCGUCUUCGGUCUAAAGCACUCGCCACUCCUCACAUUCUUCCUCGAAAUGUUAUCUGUCGUCCUUCUCGGCCUCGUGAUAUUCUUAUCCGUCUGGGCUGCUGUGAUAGAUCCUGCACUGUGCUUUAUCACAGAGAGGAAUAUUGGGGGCAUGUGGAGGGGGGUGGGGAGGAGCAGGUUGUCAAGGCUAAGAGGCCUCUUGUCUAAGAGGCCUCUUGUUGGAAAUGAUGACUUGAAGUUGGAGGCUGAUACGCCGAAUGAUUCGGAAGGGGUUUGGAAGGAUGGGUACAGGCAUGCGAGGCGCUGA